GCUUAAAUUACAUAUCAUGUUUCAGAAGGCACAACAACUGGCCCAAGUGGACCCCCCUCUAAAUAAUAGAUCAUAUCUAUCGAAGGUGAAGCAACAUCUGUCAAGUGGGCCACCUUAUUAAUUAUUGACACCUGUCUCGGGUAUUUACACCACGGAACAUGCAAAGAGGUCAACAUGGUGGCCCCUCCCGUCCUACGCCAACCCCCAUCUUUAACCACAGGAAAAGACAGAGACAGGCUAUGUUUGCUGAUCCCAGCAGUAACCAUAGCAACACCCCAUCCAUGCCUACAGCAGCCCAGGCAAGCUAUCCAGGUGUGACCAGUGAUGACAUAAAGUUAAUGCCUGUAGGGGGGUUCCAAGCUCAAGGAAGAAGACUGCAGACCCCGUCAACAAGUGCCUAUGGUGAUUCUUACUCGCCUGCUCAAAAGCAGAGAAACUGUGUUUCAUCAGGUGCUGGAGGUGCAGGUGGUGGUAGAGGAAGUAUUGCACCAUCAUCAGUCCCCACUCCAAGCUACCACAACAACAGCAACAACAACUACAGCAACAGCAACUACAGCAACAAUAACAACAUCACAAACAACACUGUGAAAGUAGGUUGGGGACACCAAGGCAGUCAGCAAGCAGUUCCACCCAAAGAUCAGACAAACAGGACUGGUAGAGGUGGAAGUAGUUCCUUCUCCAGGAACACUCAGCAAAACUCAACCAACAGCCAACUCCAGUUCCAGGCUAACCAGCAGCCAUCCAGAGGCAAUUAUAGCCAGCAGCCCUCCACCAGAGGCAAUUAUAACCAGCAACAGAACAGGAACCCAAACCCAGUAAGGGGGCAAAAUCCCCAGCCCGGAGGGGGUGGUGUGUGGAAUGGAGGAGCAAGCAACUGUAACUAUGACCAAAGCCCUCACCAGUACAACCAUCAAGCAGCUUUGGCCAGCAUGGGUUAUUCCAAGGGUUGGGGAGGCGUGCCACCCACGCCCACUGCACUCCAGGCUGCAUCCCCUCCUCAUCCUGGGAGUCUGUUGACGGAUUCAAGAGGUGGUGUCCACACAGGGUUUGGUCAGGAGUUGGCCUGUACAAGUUCAAGAUCAAAGGAUGUUUCAAAGUUCCAUCAGGCCUCAAGCAGCAAGCCUUCAAGACUGGCUGACACAAAGGGUAAAAACCAGGCAGGUUUGAGGGUGCUGUCUUCAAGUGUGGCCAUGGUAAAGAGGUCUGCCCUGCACACUGAUCAGUUGGGCCCUCACAUGCUGGAAGUGUUUGGUGUGCUGGACUCAGCUGUCGUGACUGACAAGUCUGGAACAGGGAAGGAGUUUGUUCUGAGAGAUGAGACUGAUACAGUCCACUGCAUUUUCUAUGAAAUUGAUAGAAGCCUUCCUCGACUGAUAAGGGGACAAUGGCAGAGAUGUGUAGGCUCAGUGGAACACAAGAGUGGCAGACUCAAGUGUGUGUCUGUUAGGGCAGCUGGAGCUGAAGAAAAACAUCUGGCCAAACUCGGUGAGCAUCACAUGGAACAACAGAUGACCACAGGCAACAGGCGGCCCACCGAGGAGUGAACGUGUCACAUGAACAGGUGUGAACAUGAUGUCAUACAUUCAAGUUUGAACAAAGUCUCUACUACAAGGCAGCUGAUGCAAAACUGUGUUAUUGUAUUUGUAAACAUUCAAAUGCCUGUUAGAAAAGCAAACUCUUUCAAUGAGGAAUCUGAGUAGUCGUUGUCAGCACGGGUACUACAGAUAUGUACCCAUGGUGCGUUUCUGUAUACAGAAAGGUACCCUUGCCCAAAUCAGAAUACAGAAGGGUAGCCUAGGCUGAGUCCAUUCCACUGCAUUGCCCAAGCGCUUGACCGAUUCCUUGAACGCUUAUGUAUGCGACACAUCUUGAAUGCCAAACUGAGGUAAAACUCAAAAUGGCAGUAGGCAUUCCAGCAUGUUCUACAAAAACAGGCAUACACAGUGAUGGACAUACUUUCUCUAAUAUUCCGCGCAGCAUUAUCCAGCUUUUAUCAGAUGAACUGGACCUACAGCAUGUUUUGGUUUCGGGUUAAGUAAUAUUGAUUUGCCAGCUGUUAGGUGUCGUGGGUAUCUAUGUGUAUUAUGAUUUUGGCUAGGGUACAUAUCUGUGUGCAGGGAUGUUCAUGGCCUAAAUAGCUGAAGUACCAAUGCCGACAACGACCUCUUCAGCUUUUAUCCAUGACAGGAUCACUUCAUUGAACUACUAAUUCUCAAAGAACUAAGUUUGCUUAUUGUAUAAAGGUUGUCUUUAUUGAACUGCCUGAACAAUACUUUGAGAAGUUUUUGUGUUUUGCCAAAUUUAUAUAAGGAUGUAAAUGUCAUGAGGUCAAAGUCCAUGACAAGCCAUGACAGUCAAAGUAGAACCAUCAAUGGUCACAUGACAUGAACAAACUACAUGUACAACAGUUCCCAGUGGUCUAAGGUGAUACAGUUCACUGUACAGAAUUGCAUCCCUUCGUCACUCCAGGAUCUGCUGUGUUAGAGGGUUCCAUUUGCAGAUUCUCCAUGAUUGUGAUCAUUGGUCAGUCAGCAUCAUACACAUUGGGGUUUCACAAAGGGAAAAACACCAGUACCUGAAUCACUUCCGACUUCUCCCACACAAAUAUUGAUCAAAGAAGAGUAAGCCCAACUACUCACUCACUCACUCUGUGUAUAAGCAGCUCCUGGUGUUCAACUUCAGAUUUUCGUUAAUUACAUUUUUCAUUUCUGUGUUAUUUGAAAUAAUAUGUUGUAUUUAUUUGUAAACUGUGAUGAUCUUCUCUGCCAAAAACAAAUAUUGUCAUGUCAUGUGUGACUCAUCACCUAUUGUUAUUUAUUGUUAUUUAUUAUUCACCAGAUAAUAAAUUUGUUGU